AGAUGUAUUUCCACCCUUCCUCUUCUAUCCUCUUUCUUACUAGUUACCACUUAUCACUACUUGAGCCACCUCUAGUGCAAAAUUAAUGAGUAUUAAAGUAUGUAUUUUGAAGAGUGCCUACUUAGAAGUUAUUAUUAGGUAGGAAUGCUUUAGCGGUAAGCAACCUCAAGUGGCUUGAGUUUAUGGAAAACAGCAGUAUAGGGUAUGUGUACACUGGGUUGUUGUUGUUGUUGCCUACUUAGUUUCUAGGGCUGAGGUGUGAAUCCGGUGAAAUUCAAAGACACGUCCUACGAGGGCGGCGUCAAAUUCGUGAGUCCUGUUACUGGUACGGAACGGUGGCUUGUUUGAGCAGUCUGCGCGAGCCGCACCUUCCUUCAUUCAGCUUCACUUUCGGCGCUCGGUUCUCUUUUGUAUUCAUUCUCUUAAAAGACAGUUACACUUUCCCAGUUUUUUCUGCUCUAUCAAUCGACUUGUUCCGUCACUCGCGUAUUCCGUUGGUGUUUGCAUUCGUGUUUACAUUAUAAUCAAUUGAACAAUCUUCAUUCUUCACUUUGUUGAUAAUCGUGCAUUGAAUCGAUCAUGAAAGCUAGGUUAGUAGUGUUUCCAAUCAGAGGAAGGAACUGGUGCUUCAGCCGAGCGAUCGAGUCAUCACAAUCGGAAGCUCAGUCUUCAAAUACUCCUUCUACAUUCAAAGACCUUUGGAAGAAGAUCUCCAAAUCUACUCAUGACUCCUCCAAAGCUAAUCUCGAACUCGUCAUUGAUUUCGCCUCCAAUAAGAUGAAUAGAGCUUGGAGUAAUUUGGAAAAAGCGCCGGAAGGAAGUUUAAAGAAUAAACUUCACGGGCUAGGAUUGCGGCUUCUCUCUCGUGUUAAGCCUUCGGAGAUCUUUUUGAAAUCCAUUCCUAAGGAGGUAACGCAUGUGGACAUUACCUAUCCCUCAAGUUUAAACGGACGGCUUGUUCGACGGAGGCUACGCCAUAUUGCCUCGAGGGGGGCUAUCAUCCACAAGAAGUAUUUAUAUGGAUCAGUUAUAUUGCUUCCGCUGACAUCAGUUUUCAUGGUGCUACCCUUGCCUAAUAUACCAUUCUUUUGGGUCUUAUUUCGGACAUACUCUCACUGGAGAGCUCUUCAGGGAAGUGAAAAACUUCUUCAAUUAGUUACAGACGGCUCCUAUCACCAGAAGUCAGAUGAGGGAAUAACAGACACGAGUACAAACACAAAAGAUGACCUGCAGAGAACGAACAGCUGUCGUCCACCAUGGAUAUUACUACCAUCCGAAGACCUUCAAAAGCUUAUUCGAUUUGGAGAAGCAAAUGAUAGUCUAACUGAACCGACCAUAUCUGAUAUCUGCCAGAGAUUUAGCUUGAACACAAUGGAUGUUAUUAAGUACAAAGAUUCACUAUAGCUGAAUUACACCAAUUGCUGCAGUUCGUUCCAUAUCAAUGAAAUAACAGUUUAUGAGAAUUGGAAUGAUUGGAGCAACUUCUUAGACCCUUGAGGCUAUGGGGAACCAAGAAAUUUCAUAUUAGUCUUAGCAAGUUCUUCAGGAAUACUCAACAAAAUGUUGCUCUCCUGUAUUUUUCUGGAGGCUGGGAAGGUGCUCAGCUGGUUCAAUUAGCUCUGCCUCUAUGCAUUUGUUACUUUUUGACUUCUCUGGAACUGGCAUAGCAAGAAUGACAACAUUAUGACAAGAUAUCUGCAUCGUUGCCACUGACUAACAAGCAUGUUACCUAUAAGUUUCCUUGAUUCAAUUGUGCUUCCUGCAAUAAUAUUUUCCUAGAACUAUAGCUUUGGUGUAGUGAACUCGAUAGUUGUAUCUCUUUAUUUUGUUUUAGCAGUUGCUAAGAAGCUUAGUUUCAAAAUUGUAGCUUCAUGGACCAACCUUUAUUAAAGCGUUUAGGCGCUUGACCAUGAUUGGUAGUUUAUGUUCGGCGUUCA